UAAAAGGCUAAAAAACAAAACCAGCAGCGACAAGGGAUUUUCUUCUGGGACACGCUUGAAGUAUUGCUGCCAAAAUUUUCACGGACGGUAAUAAGCUCGGUCCUGCAGCCGCGGGCAGAGGAAUGUUUUGCUACCAGUGUCCUCCAGCCCUGCAUCCCUGCGGCCCUCAUCCUCCGCGCCUGCCAACCCUCGACUAUCCCUUCGCCGCCACCCAUCCAUAUACCAGCUACUCGUAUCAUCCUGCCAUCCACGAUGAGACUUUUGUCCGGCGGAAGCAGCGACGGAAUCGCACCACCUUCACACUGCAACAGCUGGAGGAACUGGAGACGGCCUUUGCCCAGACCCACUAUCCGGAUGUGUUUACUCGCGAGGAUCUGGCCAUGAAAAUCAACCUGACCGAAGCUCGGGUUCAGGUCUGGUUCCAGAAUCGCAGGGCCAAGUGGCGCAAGGCGGAGCGACUCAAGGAUGAGCAGCGAAAGCGGGAAAAUGGAGAGAGCAGCAGCUCACUGGAUAAGCUUCACGACUCUCGUGAAUCUUCGCCAGACAUUACGGGUGAAAUAGACGACGACAUGGAUGAGUUACCGCCUCGUCAGCGGUCACACAGUCCGCUGGCCAACGGGCAAAUGGAGCAGCAGCACUCCCACUCGCAUUCGCACUCGCAUUCCCGCAGUCCUGGCGGCGGCGGAGGGAUGCACUUGGAUUCCAGCGACAAUGAGCGUCCGUUGUCCUCCAAUCAGCUGACCGCCACCCCGCACUCUGCCUCCCAGUCGCUGGGCUCCAUCAGUGCCGGAUCGCCAUCCCCAUCGGGAAUGCACAGGGAGCACAGGGAGCAUACGCCCCUGGCUGGCAGUGGGGGUCAGGGGCCGAGCAGCCCCUCAAACUCACGGAACACCGACUCACCCAUCGAGGUGGGAGGACCCAUGUCCUUGACCACGGGCUCAAGGAUGCCCGUAUCCUCCAACAACUCGGCCUCGUCUACGCCCACGCCCACCACCCCGCACGCCCCCCAGAUGCCGCAUUCUUCGGCUGCUGCGGCGGCCGCUUUUGGAAGCCACAUCUUCGGAAGCUUUGGAGGAGGCAGCAACGCCAGCGAUAGCAACUGCGGCUUUCGCCCCGUUUUGAGUGAACAGAGCGCCGUGGCAGGAGCGGCGGCGGCUGCGGCCGCCCAGCGAGGCGCCAACCACCCACCGUUUUUCCUUCCGCCCCACCUGGCCGCCCAGUUCACCCAUCAGCCGCUUUUCCCGGGACUAAAAGGCGUUUCCCCAUUCCAGAGCCUCUGCUCCUGCUGCUCCUUGAAGCCCCCGCCGCCGCCGGGCUCCUCGGUGGUGGCUCCAUUGAGCAUCCCAGUGAGCAGCAGUUCGGCGGCCAGUUCCCCGGAGUCGCCCAAGUCCUCUGGCCAGGGACCCUCUGGCCAUGAUCCGCGCUCCAAUUCGGUGGCCGAACUGCGGCGAAAGGCACAGGAACAUUCGGCGGCUCUCUUGCAAUCGCUGCAUGCCGCAGCUGCAGCAGGAUUGGCCUUCCCGGGCCUCCACCUGCCACCCCUCUCCUUCGCCCAUCAUCCGGCCUUGGGACAGCAUGUGGUCAAUCACAACAAUAACAACAACAACACGAUGAGGAUGAAGCACGAGGCGCAGGACAUGACCAUGAAUGGAUUGGGACCGGGAUCAGGAUCGGGCGGAGGAGCAGCUCUUUUAGAUCUGGCUGAAUCGGCAGUGGCAUAUCAACAGCAGCAACAACAACAUGCAACACUAUCGCCACCAACCACGCCCACUCAGCAGUCAUCGGGGGGGGUGGCAGCAGCUGAAUGUUCUCCCGGUUCAGGAGGAAUCUCGGGAUCGGGUUCUUUGAAUGGCAAUGCGGUGCUAACCAAAAUGGAAUAAAUGAAGGGAAAUCCAAACUGAUUGUGCAAUGAAAAUUUUAUCGUAUAGGGCAUAUAGGGUAUUUUAUUUCGCAGAUUUCGAAAUUUGUACAAAUUUAUUUCCCAUUUCUUUAGGACUCCAAAUAGAAGCUGUGAAAUAAAAUACCCAAAACCAGCCUGUUUGUAACAAUAAACAUUUAAAAGUUAAAUAGUAGACUAAGCUCUAGUUUAGCCCUAAUUUAAUCAAGCAAGAGAACAUACACAAUAUAAAAACAACAAAAAAUUAAAAAAAAAACACAGCAGCACUUUAAAUAAAAAAUAAUUAUAUAUUAGAAUAAUAGUUAGCUGUUGUUGGUUUCGGCAGAUAAGACGAGCCAAGAUAACCCCUGAUUGAACCCAACAUAAUCAGCAACAGCCGAAGAAGACAAUUCCAAAUGAUUAACAAUAUCAAUUAACACGCGAAUGCAUAUGAACAAUAUUUACAACAAAUAAUACAGCAUAUAUACACACAUGAUUAUAAACCCUUACAGUAUAUAGAGGAUAGCUAACAAAUCGGAA